UUAUGAUUUUGAAAUCAGCUCUGUGCCGCUGACAAAGUUUUUAAGCGGCAAAAUCAUCCCUCUUCCAAGAAAAGUGUUGCCAAACAUAAUAGUGUAACGAAUUCUACACAGCUGUUACCCGUAAGAACCAGCUGUUCGUUGUUAUGAGCUAAAGUGCAUUAAAAUUGCAUUCUUCUGUACAAAAUAGUUUUCAAAUUCGAAUUUCAUCACCAUCAAUGACAUAUGGAUACCAAAACUACCUUGAUACAUUGGUUCCGUAAAGGAUUACGUGUGCAUGAUAAUCCAGCACUUAAUUUGAUCAUCACCAAAGCAAACAGUGAACCGACAAAAUACUAUGUGCGACCGAUUUUCAUACUCGACGCUGCUUUAAUACAGUGGCUACGAGUUGGCGCGAAUCGCUGGCGUUUCCUACAACAAACACUUGUAGAUUUGGACGCAAAUUUACGUAAAGUUAAUACUCAACUCUAUGUGGUGCGCGGUACACCAGCAGCAGUAUUUUCACGCAUCAUUAAAGAUUGGCGUGUGAGCUUGUUGACAUACGAGACAGAUAUUGAACCGUAUGCCUUAAAACGUGAUGCAGAUGUGCAGCGUUUAGCAAAGGAAGCUGGCGUAAAAGUGGAAACAUUUUGCACUCAUACAAUUUACAAUCCAGAGUUGGUGAUACAACGAAACGGCGGCAGUGCACCGUUGACUUAUCAGAAAUUUUUAAGUGUUAUCGAGAAAAUAAAAGUGCCACCAGCGUUAGGAAAGCUGGAUAGUUUGAUUGAUGUUCAACCACCGCCAAAAGAUGCAUUGGAACUGGAAAAUGCUAAUUGUUAUGCAUGCCCAACCAUAGAUGAACUCGUUAAACGACCGGAAGAGUUGGGUGCGAAUAAAUUUCCUGGUGGUGAAACUGAGGCAUUGCGUCGAAUGAAUGCUGCGCUCAGCGAUGAGUCUUGGGUUGCUGCAUUCGAAAAACCGAAUACCGCACCAAAUUCGCUCGAUCCCAGCACUACUGUGCUCAGUCCAUACCUAAAAUUUGGUUGCCUAAGUGCACGUUUAUUUCAUCAGCGUUUAAUGGACAUAUUAAAACGACACCCGAAACAUUCCAAGCCACCAGUCUCGCUGCACGGACAGCUGCUAUGGCGGGAGUUUUACUACACGGCCGCUGCUUCGGAAACAAAUUUCGAUCGCAUGCUGGGUAAUAAAUUCUGCAUGCAAAUACCAUGGGAAAUCAAUGAAGAACACCUAACAGCUUGGACGCACGGACGCACAGGUUAUCCCUUUAUCGAUGCUAUAAUGCGUCAACUGCGGCAAGAAGGUUGGAUACAUCAUUUGGCACGCCAUGCAGUUGCUUGCUUUCUAACCCGUGGUGAUUUAUGGAUUUCAUGGGAGGAGGGCCAAAAAGUAUUUGAAGAAUUGUUGCUCGAUCAAGAUUGGGCCUUGAAUGCGGGCAAUUGGAUGUGGCUUUCAGCGUCAGCAUUCUUCUAUCAAUACUUUCGUGUCUACAGCCCCGUGGCCUUUGGUAAGAAAACUGAUCCUACUGGCGCGUACAUACGUAAAUAUGUACCGGAACUUGCUAAAUACCCAGCGGGUUGCAUUUAUGAACCCUGGAAGGCCGCAUUGAGUGCACAACGCGAAUAUGGUUGUGUGUUGGGUAAAGACUAUCCACAUCGUAUAGUUAAACACGAGAUUGUGCAUAAGGAAAAUAUCAAACGUAUGACGGCAGCAUAUAAGGUGAACCGUGAAGUAAAAGAAGCCAAGAGUCCGAAGAAGGAAAGUAGCAAGGGCAAGCGCAAACAGGCAGGAACUAGCGCACAAUCGACAAAAAAAAAGCAACGUACCUGAAAUUACAUACGAUUUUGCCAGUGA